GACAACACUGCUGAUUCAGGAAGCCCUAGGAAAGAACUUGGCUGAAAGGCCAGGAGAUCAUCUCUGUGGGUCGUCCUGGAGCCCAGAUCAAAGAUGGAAGAUCAAGACUCAGUUGGCCCAGGAGCAGGAAAAGACUCCAAUGCCGUCAAGGUUGAGAGCAGUGGGGGAUUCUGGGAAAGUGCCACGCAGAGGAUCCUGGGUGAAGACACCCUCAGAGUAGAUGUACAGUGCCAGUGUUUCGGGCAGUUCCACUACCGGGAGGCCGAGGGCCCCCGAGAGGUUUGCAGCCGGCUCCAUCAUCUUUGCUUUCAGUGGCUGAAGCCGGAGCGACACACCAAGGCUCAGAUCCUGGACUUGGUGAUCCUGGAGAAAUUCCUGACUGUCCUGCCCUCGGAGAUAGAGAGCUGGGUGAGGGAAUGUGGAGUGGAGACCAGUUCCCAGGCGGUGGCCCUGGCAGAAGGCUUCCUCCUGAGCCAGGCAGAGGACAAGAAGCAGGCAGAGCUGCAGGAGCGGAGCCUGUUUGCAGAAUUGGGCACUGAUUUCCCUGAGGCAGAGAAAAGUCCACCAGGCAGCAGAGAGAGUCCAGAGCGAAGAAGGUUCGUGCAGGAGGUUGACGGAGGAGCCGUCAUGGAGGGUGACAGGACGGUGCCAGCAAUAGCCAGCCAAUCGUCUCUUCCUUGUACUGGAAGGAAGGAAACAGCUGCAGUUGGACGGACUCAGGGUCUGGUGACCUUUGAAGAGGUGGCUGUGUCUUUCACGGAUGAGGAGUGGGCGCUGCUGGAUCCCGACCAGAGAGCUCUGCAUCGGGAAGUCAUGGAGGAGAAUGCUGGGAUCGUGGCCUCUCUGGGUAAGGCGCCGUCUUUCCCUGGAGGUGAUAUAUGGGAAGAUAAGACUGAGGGAGACCUACAUGAGGCGUCACUGGAAAGAGAUGGAUGUAAACAGACGGACCGGGAGGGAAUAAAAAUAGAAGAAAAGCAGACGGUGAGAAACAAAUGGUCCAUAUUUCAGGCCAGUGACUACUAUGAAACCACAUUCCCUGAAAAAAUGAAUGACAGAAAGGAAACUAGUCAGUACUCUGCAUUUACAAAAAGCUUUCAUUCUCAAUCAGUCCUUAAAGGUCAGUAUAAAAUCGACACAGAGGGUGCAAUGAUAUUCCGUAUUAGAAGCCUCAUUUCCCAUCAAAGAAGUCAAACAGGGGAGAAAUCAUAUAAAUGUGCUGAGUGUGGAAAGAGCUUCAAUAAGAACUCAAACCUCACUUCUCAUAGAAGAAUUCACACAGGAGAGAAACCAUAUAAAUGUGCAGAGUGUGAAAAGAGUUUCAGGCACAGUUCAAGCCUCACUUCUCAUCAAAGAACUCACACAGGGGAGAAACCACAUAACUGUGCAGAGUGUGGAAAGAGCUUUAGUGCAAGCGGAAGUCUCACUUCUCAUCAAAGAAUUCACACAGGGGAAAAACCAUAUGAAUGUGCAGACUGUGGAAGAUUUUUCAGUCAGAACAAACACCUAACAUCUCAUCAAAGAAUUCACACAGGGGAAAAACCAUAUGAAUGUGCAGACUGUGGAAGGUGCUUCAGUCAGAACAAACACCUAACUUGUCAUCAAAGAAUUCACACUGGAGAGAAACCAUAUAAAUGUGCAGAGUGUGGAAAGAGCUUCAGUCAAAACUCCAGUCUCACUUACCAUAAAAGAAUUCACACAGGGGAGAAACCAUAUACAUGUGCAGUGUGUGGUAAGAGCUUUACUGUAAGCACAAGCCUCACUUCUCAUCAAAGAAUUCACACAGGGGAGAAACCAUAUAAAUGUGCAGUGUGUGGAAAGAGCUUCAUUCAGAAUGCAAACCUCUUUUAUCAUCAAAGAGUUCACACAGGGGAGAAACCAUAUACAUGUGCAGUGUGUGGAAAGAGCUUUACUGCAAGCACAAGCCUCACUUCUCAUCAAAGAAUUCACACAGGGGAGAAACCAUAUAAAUGUGCAGUGUGUGGAAAGAGUUUUACUGAAAGCACUAGUCUCAAUAAACAUCAAAGAACUCACACAGGGGAGAAACCAUAUAAAUGUGCUGAGUGUGGAAAGAGCUUCAAUAAGAACUCAAACCUUACUUCUCAUAGAAGAAUUCACACACGAGAGAAACCAUAUAAAUGUGCACAGUGUGAAAAGAGCUUCAGUCAUAGCUCAAGCCUCACUUCUCAUCAAAGAAUUCACACAGGGGACAAACCAUAUAAAUGUGGAGAGUGUGGAAAGAGCUUUAGUGCAAGCAGAAGUCUUACUUCUCAUCAAAGAAUUCAUACAGUUGGAAAACCAUAUGAAUGUGCAGACUGUGGAAAGUGCUUCAGUAAGAACAAACACCUAACUUGUCAUCAGAAAAUUCAUACAGGGGAGAAACCAUAUAAAUGUGCAAUGUGUGGAAAGAGCUUCAGUCAGAACUCAAAUCUCACUUGUCAUCAAAGAACUCACACAGGGGAGAAACCAUAUAAAUGCUUUGAGUGCGGAAAAAGCUUCGGUGUGAACAUUAGUCUUAUUUAUCAUCAAAGAAUUCACACAGGAGAGAAACCCUAUAAAUGUUCAGAGUGUGGAAAGAGCUUCAGUCAGCACUCAAGCCUCAUUUACCAUCAAAGACUUCACACAGGGGAGAAACCAUAUACAUGUGCAAUGUGUGGAAAAAGCUUUACUGUAAGCACAAGCCUAAUUUCUCAUGAAAGAAUUCACACAGGGGAGAAACCAUAUAAAUGUGCAGUCUGUGGAAAGUGCUUUAUUGAAAGCACAAGCCUUAAUAAACAUCAAAGAACUCACACAGGAGAGAAACCAUAUACCUGUGCAGUGUGUGGAAAGAGCUUUACAGUAAGCACAAGCCUCACUUCUCAUCAAAGAACACACACAGGGGAGAAACCAUAUAAAUGUGCAGUGUGCGGAAAGAGUUUUGGUUUCAGUGGAAGCCUCAGAAAACAUCAAAGAACACACACAAAUGAUUAUAUGAAUGUGUGGAGUGUGGAAAGAGCUUCAAUAAGACCUCAGAGGUAACAUUGCACCAAGGAAUUCACACAUGGGAGAAACAUAUGAAUGUUUCUAGUGUGGAAAGAGCUUUAAUGUGAACAGACGUCUUACCCGUCAUCAAAGAAUUCACAUGGGGCGAACCAUAUAAAUGUUCAGAGUGUGAAAGAGCUUCAGAAAGCUACGUAGACAUCAAAGAACUCAGGGGAGAAGCGAUAUAAAUUCAUGGAGCCCAGAAGUUUCCAUAUGAGUUUUAUUUUCUUGUAUUCCUUUGAAAAAUGUUUUUUAAUGUGUUUUUAUUCUAGUUGUCCACCACUCAAAAUUCUUGAAAUGGGAGUGGUAUAU